CCGGUUCGCUCCUGGUUCGGUUUAUCAAACAUUGGAGAAAAAAUCAAUUUGAGGAUUUAGGUUUAACUUGACCUCAAAUGACGAACUAGUGCGUAGUGAGUGUGUGCGACUGUGAACUCUCUGCUUCGUCGAGUGUAAGGAGGAGAAGUUACAAAGGAUAAAUUUAAGUCGAAAAAGUCUUUAUCUUUUGGGAUUUUGAGAUUCCGGUGUUGACAGGUGAAACUUGUAAAAAAGCAAGUUCUUUGUGGGGUUGGUGAAGAAUAUAUGGACAGCUUUAGUGGGUUGACGGAUGAUUUGCUCAUCAAGAUACUGUCAUUUGUCCCAAUCAAAGAUGCAGUGUCUACAACCAUUUUGUCAAAACGAUGGUUGUCUCUUUGGACAUUGUUGCCACGACUUAACUUUGAAGAUUGCUGGGUUGAUGAUGAGGAGAACGGUCAGGUUUACUGCGAAGAGUUGUCGUCGGAUUUUGUCUUUGGGACUUUGCUGUUACAUAAGUCACCAGUUCUAGAAAGUUUUCGUCUUAGCAGAGAGUCUACAUGUAGCGCUUCACAGAUUGAAUUGUGGGUUAGAUUUGCAAUUGAUCGUUUUGUGCAUGAUCUUAAGAUAAGGUUUGAGUCAGAACAUUGCCUUAUAAGAUUGCCGAGUAGGCUGUUUAGAUGUGAUACACUCGAGACUUUGGAACUCAAAAAUGUUGUCUUUUUGGAAGUUCCUUCUCGGUUUAGCUUUCAAUCCCUCAAGACGUUACGCCUUCUAUCUGUCAAGUACGCGGAUGAGAAAUCUUUCAUUAGGCUUAUAUCCAGUUCUGCUAUUCUUGAAAAUUUGGUUGUAGAAAGUUGUAGUGACGACAAUGUGGAGACUUUCACCAUUAAUGUGGCUUCUCUUUCGAGUUUAACCGUUAGGAAUACAUUACAAGAGUCUGGGCCUAACUAUAGUUUGUUUGUGAUACAUUCCCGUUCUUUGAAGAAGUUGAAUAUUGUAGAUGAGUGUGGUGAAGUUAAUGUGACCGAUAAAUUGACAGAGCUUGUGGAGGCAAAAGUUCAUACUAUGGAAACCAAAGGGAAUGCUUUGGAAUCUCUUACCUUUGUCAAACGUCUUUCUCUAACCUUAGCUUAUGAGGCACAUUAUCCUAUUGGUAGCAUUUUUUUUCAGCUUGUGCGUUUGGAGUUCCGCGGAUGUGGUGAGAAUUGGUCGAAUUUGCUUAUGCAUGUGCUCCAACAUUCCCCAGUACUACAAUUUCUCAAGCUUGAUGUAUUGGACGAUGGGCAGAGCAACUGGAAUCCUGAGGAAGAUGACAAGGUUUGCUGGAUGCAACCGAGUUGUGCUCCUGAAUGUGUGUUGUACCAUCUCAAAGCCUUUGAGUGGACAGCCUAUGGAGGAACCGAAGGAGAGAAAGAAGUGGCUAUUUAUAUUUUGAAGAACGCAAGGCGAUUAGUGACCGCAACUGUUUGCCCUGACCGAAUCAGGGUUAGCACACUUGUGUUUGACGAUUUGGAAUUUGCAACCAGGGGUUCAAGAGCAUGUGAGCUUACAAUGGCUGAAGAAAUUUAGUGUUGAAACUGUCCAGUAUUUAGUUGAACGUUGAUUUAUAUCAGAAGCUAUGAUAGCUUUAUAGCUUCUUAUCCUUGCUUGUGCUUUUGGGUUUUGUAGAAUAUCAGAAACUAAUGUGGAUUUAUUUCAUAACUCCAUAAGGUUAUUACUUAUUAGCUUAUUAUGUCAUCCUUACAGAAACUAA